AUGAGAGUCGACAUCGAACGGUUGGUUCACGUGUGGGGGCCCGUGAUCACAGACCGAAACUACCGAAGGCACGUGGGUAAACACCGCAAGACGUGGAACUGCGACGCCUACGAGGACGAGGCGGAGGAGCGAGAGCGCCAGGAGAGCCGCACCGUCACGCUCAACGGCCUCGGCAAGAGCAAGAAGACCAAGAGCACGAACGCCAGCAGCGACGGAGUAGAUGACAGCAGCAGCGGCGGCGGUGACGAUGAUGGUGGCCACGACCACAAGGGGGCGGGGGCCGCUGGCGGCGGUGGCGGCGGCGGCGGCAGGGAACGGCCGUCUAUGUCGCGCAUCGGCCCGGCCCACAACUACACGGCGCCGUUCAUGAACGUGGUUCAGCCCCUCGAAGCCCUCGCUGCGGCGGCGGAGCACGCCUCCGCCGCUAGGGCCCCGGGGGGCCGCGGGAUGAUGAAUAGGGGCAGGGGCAGGGAUGAGGGCCAGGCGCUUCCCCCCGUCCCUGUGAUGCUGGGGGUUAACUCGCACGAGGGGCUCAUGUUCGUACACGGAGCGUUUCCGGUGACGAUGCCCAAGCUGGUGUACUACUCGUUCGUGACGGCACUGUUCCGGACGAGCGUGAUCGGGGUCCUCCGCGCCUACGGCCACCUGGCCGACCAGUGCGAGGAGUCCGGGGACUACCGCGAAGUCAUGUCUCAGAUCAUGCACGACUACCUCUUCCGCUGCCCAAACCUACGGGCGGCCCAGCUGCUCCAGGAACAAAACGGACGGGAUGCUCCCGUGUUUGUGUACGAGUUCAGCCACCCCACUGAAGUCCCAGGUUUCCCGGAGUGCUCCGGAAGCUCGUGCCACACGGCAGAGCUGCCGUACGUCUUCAACAACGUAGAGGUCAUCAAAGAGAGCUACAGCUACCACGAGACAAGCGGACCGGCGAUACCUACCGCCGAGGGUCUCGACGCCAACGCUGGCGUCGAGAACAACGAAGGCCACGACGGCGACGGCACCGGCGGCGGCGGCCCCCUCUCCGCGGUCAGCAACGCGCUCGGGGGGGUGGCGGGUAGCGUCGGGGGUGCCGCAGGGGGAGUGGUCGGCACCGUCGGGGGGGUGGCGGGCAGCGUCGGGGGGGGAGUGGUCGGCACCGUCGGGGGGGUGGCGGGCAGCGUCGGGGGUGCCGUGGGGGGCGCCGCGGGGGGGGUGGUCGGCGUCGUCCGCAGCGGGUUCGGGAUCCGGCGGCUGCUCGGCGGCGGCGGCGGCGGCAGGAAGACGUCGUCCUCUCCGGGCGAGGAGGUGGCCGGCGCGAUCGGUGGCGGGGGCGCCGGACUGGCGGGGAGGGUGGCGGCCGACCUGACGGAGAUGGCAGCGGACUCUCUCGCCGUUUCGGUGUCGGAAGGGGAUGAAGAAGAAGAAGGAGAAGGAGGAGGUGAUGAUCAUCACGAAGGAACCAGAGGGGAACAGGAGCCGGCGGCGGCGGCGGCGGUAGUUGUUGAGCCGCAUUUUUCGUCGGGAAGGGGAUCAAGAGCGACGGCGGCUGCGGAAGCGGAGGAUAGCGAAGCACACACGGGGGAGGGAUCAUCAGGGCGUGCAAAUUCCGAGGAAACUCCAGAAGUGGGCAGCAGAAGAGGGGGAGGCGACGACGCUGACGCGGCAGGGCACUCCGAAACGAUGGCGGAAGCCGACGACGGACCGGGAGCCGUUAGACGACGAGACGUCGACAGCGACAAGCCUAGCAGUAGCAGCAGCGGCGGCAGAACCAGCAGCGCUAGUGUCCCCGGGGCGGGUGAGCAGGGGCUCGGAGGGAGCAGCUGCGCCGCGAUGGCGGGGGGCGGCGGCGCGGACGGCAGCGACAACGGUGAAGAGGCGCGUUCGGGGGAAGGAGAGGGGGGUGAUUCGGCGGCGUCCCCGAAGGAACCGAGGCGGCCGAGCGUCCACGAGGCUGCCGAGGCGGACAUGCUUGUUGCGGAGGCGAUGGUGACCUAUUGGGCGAGCUUUGGCAAGGCGGGAGACCCAAACAGCGCGAACGCGCCCGUCGUGUGGCCGGCGUGGGAGGGACGCCGACUGACCGCACAGGGGAACACCGCGGGAGCGGCGGCGAUGGCCGCCUUGCUCGCCUCGGGCCACGGGGGCGUGGGGAAGGGCUCCUUCUCCGACGUGUUCGCGGACGCGUGGUCGCAGGCGAGCCCCACGGCUGCAUCUGCGGCGGGGGCGGGGGGGUCGUGGCAGGGUGGGUCUUACUUCUUGGAGAUUAAGGCUCGCCCGGAGACGCGAGAGGCCCAGAGGGAUUGCAUGUGCGAGUUCUGGGAUCGGCUCAAGUAUCGUCAUUGAUGGUGUCGUGAUGGGGGGUUAUUGGAUGCGUGUUAUGUCGUCGAGUGUUGUCACGUUUGUUUCAUUUUUUCUGAGUCAGUUUUUUAUGUUUUUGUCGUCUUUUUGACGCGCUUUCUCGUGUCAGCUUUUGGAGCGUGCGUGGCUUCAGUCGGAUGGGUGGAGACAUUCGUUUCGCGACUUGAGUAGCAUGAAGAUCAAUGUUGCGGCGGAUUGGUGUGGUUCUGAUGUGUGGCGCCCGGGCGUUUUCGGCCGCCGACUCUCAUUCUUCGGGUGCAUGAGUUUUUGUACAUAGCGCUGUCCCCCUUUCCUGUAGAGAUUUUAUUAGCAAUGAAAAACGUUUCUUUUUCUCGUUCGUGUGCGUAGCCGGAGGUACGUUGAUGUGUAUCAGGGUCACCCCCGUUUGCUGUCACACUCCGUGCUGUGCCCACUCGUGUGUUAUCUUAUGGUGUCGUGAAACUUUUUUUUUUGCACACGGCGUUGGAAGAAUUCGGCGUCGGACGUCCCUCCACCUCUCCCGGUGAUGAGCGGUGGAUCCAACACUAAGGUCGACGUCGGCGACGACACAUGAAACUGCGUCAAACCAUGGGGCAAAGCCCGAAAUUGAUUCCACAAUCCUGCAGACCACGACACAGUCGCCAACUUAGAGGUUGAUGACGGCGGUAGGUUGGGCAGAGUUUUCGCGUACUCGUCGCAGAUGUUCGGAGAGACCGAGGUCUGUUCUCAGUUGAGAGGAUGUAUGUGCGUUUUCUCCUGCCUAUGGGUAGGAGAGGAAGGCAAUAGGAUGCGAAUGAAUACCUCUCGACGCCCAGGCCCACGUCGUCUUCUUCCGAAAGUUUAGUUACAUUGGAACCCAAGCCAAGCGUCGAGAGUUCGGAGUAAGAGAAAGAAUGUAGGUAAAUCUCGAUUUUAGGGAAGGAAAACGGCAGUAGCAGCAGGGGUGAAAUUCGUACUGCUGUUGUGAGAUCCUCCAAAGUGCCGGUAUGUGCCCGGCAGAUUCACCGAUGGCACGAUACCGGGAACCCGGCACUAUUAAUAUCUACUAACUCUCCCUUCUUCCCCUCGCU